UUCCGAACGAUGGCCUCUAUAAUUCGCUUUUUUAGCAAACGAUUUCGGCGAAACACCUCUGCUCCUACACCAAGCCAUGUUGAUGAGGCUAUAUAUGUCAACAAAAGCAGGAAAGCGAAAAAAUCAGGCCUUGAGUGUAAAGUUGCUUAUCUUGAUGGCACUGAACAAACCUUCUAUGUUUCAAAACAUGCUAAAGGAUCCGAAUUGUAUGAUAUAGCAUUUGCUUAUGUUGCACUUGUGGAGGAAAAAGACUACUUUGGUUUACAGUUUUUUAACGAAGUUCCGAUGUGGCUGGAUCCAACAAAAGAGAUCAAGAAACAGUAUAAAAAUAGAACCUCAAUCUCGUUUGCACUGAGAGUCAAAUUUUUUGCCUCUGAUCCACAUAACCUACAUGAUGAGUAUACACGUUAUCUUGUGGUGUUGCAACUGCGUGAUGAUAUACAAAAAGGAAAAUUAGUGUGCAAUGAUUUGCAACUUGCAGCCGAACUGGCGGCAUUACUUCUCCAAGGCGAAUUCGGUGAUUUCGAUCGGAAACAACAUACACCACUUUUUGUGUCAACAUUUCGAUUUUUACCUGAAGAGAAACAAACAGAAGAAUUUGAAUUAUCAGUGUUGGAUAAGUAUGAAGCUUUAGUUGGUCGAAAUUUAACGCCAGCUAUUGCGGAAUCAAUUUAUCUGGAAAAAGUAUGCUUAUUACCAGAUUAUGGAGUUGAAAUGCACUCAGUGAAGGGUAAAGAUAAUGCAUUAUACUCACUUGGACUUACACCAACGGGUAUUUUAGUAUAUGAAGGAGAAAAUAAAAUUGGCUUAUUCUUUUGGCCAAAAAUAUUAAAGUUAGAAAUGAAAAAGGACAAACUUAAAAUUGCAGUUGCAGAUGAAGAUGAGAAAAGUUUGAAUUUUAUCGGCGCUCGUAUUCUUCUUGCUGUCCGAAUAUGUAGAAGUAUGAUCCCUACUUGUUGA